CGCGAUCGUCCUCCUCCUCCUUAUCGAACUGAUGCCGCGUCGUCAGCAACAACAUCGCGAUCUUCGAUAUCAUCAGCGUGGACGUCACCGGCCACACCGCGACGACGCGCAUCGCGCUGUACUCCAACGCGCCGUCGCGUUCGCUCGCGACGGUUGGCACGAGAUGGAAAAAGUCAAGCGCGUAGUACAUCAGCGACCAGAGACAGAUCAUCGAGUGAUACAUCAGCAGCGACGUCUUCAGCGGGCCGGCGCGGAACCCCGGGAUGACGCCGCUGACCGCGGUCGUGAACAGCGACGCGGCGUAGAACGACAUCGCGGCUAUCUUCGUCAUCGCGAGCGUCUGCUCUUCGUCGUCGCGGACGCUCGGCGGUACGACGCUUUUCGUCGCUCGCGUCGCCAUCGCUCGCGUCGCGCGCGCGAUGCUGUCGCGGUACGACGACAUCCCCUCCCCCGCGAAGAAGCAUCGCGGGAUGCCGUGGAACGGGCGCUCCGGCGUGAACAGGGCCGCGUCGCCUGGCGAAGGGAUCGACUCGGCGCAGUACUCGUGCAGCGCGAUGCAGCCCGCGAGGACGCACACGGCGGAUAUCACCGACGGGACGACGAACGCCGCGAGGUUGGUCUUCAUCGUGCGCUUGGCGGAGUCGCGCUCGCGGCCCGACGCCGCGCGGAGGUUCACGAGCCGCUGCACCGCGUUCCAUCCUUGGCUAUCCCGCAGGAACACGUCGUUCGCGCGCACCAUCGCGGAGUCGCCGUCGCGAGCGCGCGUCCCUCGUCGCGCGUCGCGGGUGUGUGUGUCGUUUGGGUAAAGUGGGUGACGCCUCGUUUUUUCUUCGCCUACUCGUACCUGGACCACGCACACCACGUGGUGUUCGGGAGAUCGCGCUCGAGAUCGCGAUUUCCCCACGUGCAAACAGUCUGCAAAAAAAUUAAUUUAACAAGGGGUGCGCAGUUUUUGAGGAUGAGUUUCAAACCACUGUCCCGAUCGAGACCGCCGAUCAACCCGACCCGCGCUUCCCCGAACUGA